AUGACGGCGAAACGUAAAAAUUCCAAUUCCAAUGAGAUCAACAACACUGCAACGAGCGAAGCGCCACCUGCCAAUACAACGACGAACACGACGACAACAACAGUGACGUCAGCGGCGAACGCAAGAACAAACAGCGGCACGAUCGCCGCCAAUAAUGGCCCCUCACCGCUAGCGACAGCGCCAACCACGCGACGGGAACCACACCUAAGCACGAGCAGCAAUGGUGAAGAUGAGACCGAUGUAAUUGGCGAUUUGGUGGGGCAUUUCGGCAAGUGGCAAUGUCUAAUGACAAUGCUAUUGUCGCUGUUUCAGGUGCCGAAUACAUUUCACAUAUCGUCGUCGGUUUACCAGGCGAUCAACAAAAACUUCUGGUGCAGCCGACCGCCGCACUUACAACACUUGCCGGUGGAUGUGUGGCGCAAUCUGAGCGAUUCGCAGGACAAUUGCUUUCAGGCGAAUAUAGACUGGAGUCAAGUGGGCAAUGACAGCUUGCAGCUGCAGCCAGCAUUGCAACAACUGAUACGCCAACAACAGCAAUCACAAGGCAUUUUACCACACGACGUCUCGGCAGUGUCGGCAUUUCACAGUUAUCUGCUCUCACCGCUGGCAGUUGUGCAGAAUGAGACACGCAUACCCUGCACCGCUUGGGAAUACGACGCCAAUGACAAUUUGGGCAACACAUGGACGUCCCAGUGGGAUUUGGUGUGCGACAAGGAGUACAUUAAGAAUGUGGCGGAGAUGUUCUUUCUGCUGGGUGUGGCAACAGGUGGCAUACUGUCGGGCUAUUUGUCGGAUAAAUUCGGCCGCAAGAAGAUGCUCUUCGUAUCUGCUGUGCUGCAGACGAUAUUCGGUUUGGUGCUGUACUUCCCAAAAUCUUUGGAAAUGUUUCUGCUGCUUCGCGCCCUACUAGGUUUAGUCUCCGUGUCCGUCACAUAUGCGGGCCUCAUUUUGGCCAUUGAGUAUGUGGAUGGCAAAUGGCGUACCAUAGCCGGCAUGUACAAUUUAUUUCCACUGCCAAUAUCGUACAUGUUGAUCGCCGGCAUCGCCUACCUGACGCAGGACUAUCAGCGGCUACAACUCUGCAUCGGCCUGCCGGGAAUAUUUCUUUGCUUUCUAUGGUUCGUCGUGCCCGAAUCUCCGCGCUGGCUUUUGGUCAAAGGUCGCAUUGCCGAUGUGAAGAGUAUAGUCGAGCGUGCCGCUAAAUUCAAUGGCCGGCAACUACCACCAGACUACGAGUCCAUGUUGAAACCACCACCGCAGGAAGACUCAUCACAAAAUUGCAUCAGCCUCUUCAAUUCGGGUUAUCUGCGCUGUGUGACAAUUUGCUUUCUCUGCAUUUGGUUUACCAUGAAUCUGGUUUACUAUGGACUCAUACUGAAUAUGAGUUCGUUUGGCGGAAAUGUUUACUUGAAUUCGGCUUUAGCUGGCCUAGUCGAAAUCCCCGCCAUCGCCAUCGCCAUGUACAUCAUCACAAAGGUUGGCAAAAAGUGGCUCUUCUGCGCCACAUUCUUCUGCACGAGCAUCGCCUGCUGUUGCGCGGCCAUUACCGAGGGCAAUGAUGACCAGCUCUGGCUGAAGAUUACAUUCCUCAUGAUUGGCAAGUUCACCAUCAGCGCCGGCAACACCAUUAUGCCGGUCUACACCGCCGAGCUCUAUCCGACCGCCAUUCGUAAUGUGGGCGUGGGCGCUUGUAAUGUCGCCGCCGGUGCCGCGCUGAUACUCACGCCAUAUUUGUCGUUGUUGAAUAAAAUUGAGAUUCAUUUCAUGAUGACACUGCUGACAGCUUUUGCAUUCUUUGGCGGAUUUGUGGUGCUGUUCCUGCCUGAAACUAUAGCUGCUCAAACGAAAACGGAACCGCGUGAGGAGAAAUGUUAGAAUUGUUAAAAUUUAGCUGAGGUAACUUCCGGCAACUGAUGCUACAAAGGCCACAAGCCAAAAUGAGAGGAAGAGAAA